UUACUAAACGAACUAUACACGAAUAUAAUUCUUGUCCUAAUUUCUGAAUUGACGAGUAUUGUUUCGUUUUAAAGAAUAAUUAAUAUAAUAUAAACAUAUGAAAUUAACAACCAAUCGACGGAUUAAAUAAAUGAUCGACGUUUGAUUGGUUUUUUAAACAUUGUACAGAUCUGACGAUUAAAUGUUGUAGUAAGUGAUUAAUGUUGAAAAGUCCGUAAGAAAUUGGAUAAAAUAAUCGGUAGAAAAUUUUCUGUGAGGUUCUAAUGGUUUAAAUAAUUGACGCACUGUCUGUUACAUAUUGGUACUUACAUAGUAGGCUACUUGUAUUCAUAAAAUAUUCUCAACAUGAAGAGAAAGAUGCGAGCGUACAUACGUCAAACGCGGUAUAUAAUUUAAAAAUACUCGACAAUUUGACAGAUUUGCGAAACAAAGUCUCGUAAAGAUGUAAAUGACAAGAAUCGUCGUCUAUCUAUAUAAAUGAAUGUGCACGAAAUACGAGCGUGUCGAUGCCGAAAUUCUAACAUCGUGUUUAUUUAGGUUAUAAGCAGUUAUAAAACAUCGAAUAUUGUUGAUUUAACGUUUGAUCGAAUAUUUAUCGUUACGAUGUUAUCACGGAAAAAUAAAGAUUUAAGGACAAUCAAAGAAGGAGUUGUCGGAAAAUACGUGAAGAAGGAAACUCCGCCUGAAAUGCCAAUUAUUAACGUAUGGACCACAGAACCGAACAGAAGAACAAGGAAUCGUAAUAACCAUCAAACUAUUUCGACGUCUAUGUCUAUUCCGCAACAACCCAGUAUGGUACAGAAAUUUGGAAACACUAAGACAACAAUGAGCGCCGUAGGUCUAGGAAGUCACGAAGGAAAGUAUACUCCUAAUAGUUCUGUACCGGAUUUAGCUCAAAGAUUUGCCAGUCUCUCUGUCAAUACUAGUACAAGAGAUGGGAUGCCGUCUCGUACAGCGACUCCGAUGUAUCAUUCCAGACUUUCGCCUGCUAUAUCUCAUACUUAUGUUAAUCAGUAUGCCGGAUCCGAGUAUCAUUUAGAUAGGGUUCAAACACCGCAGAUGCCUUAUAAGCCCUUUGACAUCGAUUCGGGUUACGAAGAGUAUAAUCAUUCUGCGUAUCGUCAAAAUACAGGAUAUAGUCGAUGCCACUCUGAAAGAUCAAGUUCUAGGAACGAACAACAGGAAGAACUUCCUCUACCGCCUGGGUGGUCUGUCGACUUUACUCUAAGAGGCAGGAAAUAUUAUAUCGAUCAUAAUACAAAAACCACUCAUUGGUCUCAUCCUCUGGAAAAGGAAGGCUUACCUACAGGUUGGGAAAGAAUAGAGUCUCCCGAAUAUGGUGUUUAUUACGUUAAUCAUAUUACACGACAAGCCCAGUACGAGCAUCCAUGUUAUCCCCAUGAAAUCCAAGCAGUACGCGUUGUAGCGCCUCCGCGACAUACACACUUCCACUCUCAUAGCGUUUUAGUUCCAGCUAACCCGUAUUUAAACGAAGAAAUACCUCAUUGGUUGUAUGUAUAUAGCAGAGCAUCCGUCGCGUUAGAUCGAAAAUUACGGUGGGAGCUUUUCCGUUUACCUGAACUAGACUGUUUCAAUGCCAUGCUUACGAGACUGUACAAACAAGAGUUGGAGGAAGUUGUUAUGCGCUACGAAGAAUACAGGUUUGUUCUUACAUCCUAUUGUGAUAAUUUCCCGUUAACGUCUAUUGCUGUCAAAUACUGUUUCUUUAGGUCAGCUUUAUUAUGCGAAAUGGAACAAAGGCUGAAGGAAUUAAAUCCAGAAACUUCAAGUUCCUUGUCAGGAGCAAUUGCCCUACGACAGUCUCUUCCUUGAGUAAAAUUUUAUAAAAACAUUUCAAAUUACCGUACUUUUUGCAUGUCAAGAAGAGGCCCUG